AUGGACUCCUAUAUUGCAAAGCGGUAUGCACGCAAGCUCGACCCAUCGGAAGCCUCAGUGGUAAAGCCUCACACUUGGUAUUUACCACAUUUUGCCGUGGUGAAUGCCAAUAAGCCAUCGAAGAUACGUAUGGUGUUCGACGCGGCAGCUGAGGUCAACGGCGUCUCUUUGAACUCCAUGCUGCUGAAGGGUCCGCAAGAGUAUCGACCUCUGCCGUCGAUUCUCUUCCAUUUUCGCGAAGGAGCAGUCGGAGUAUCUGGGGACAUUAAGGAAAUGUUUCACCAGGUGUUGAUGCAACCCGAAGACAGGUGCGCCCAACGAUUUCUUUGGCGCAACGGCGAUAGUGGUAGGCAACCGGACGUAUACGAGAUGUGCGUUAUGACAUUUGGCGCUGCUUGCUCGCCAUGUGCAGCGCACUAUGUCAAAACUAGAAAUGCGCUCGAGCAUCGCAUUAACGCCACAAGCCGAGCGGUGCAAUCAAUAUUGGCCUACCACUAUGUCGACGCCUUCGUUGAUGCUUUCGACUCGCCUGCAGAAGCCAUCUCCAUCGCGCAAGAAGUUCGAGCCAUUCAUCUGGACGCCGGUUUCGAGCUCCGAAAUUUCGCUUCAAAUUCACCAGAGGUAGCUGCAGCUUUGGGUGGCGCAGAAGAUACGAAAUUGAUUGCUAGCAAAGAAGGUCUGGCGACUGAGAAGGUUCUCGGUCUAUAUUGGCAGCCGUCAACAGAUAAGUUUAAAUUUAAUUUGCAUUUUAACAAAGUUGACCCUCAAGUAGUUAACGGUGGCAAACGCCCAACAAAACGUGAACUCCUUAGCGUGGUUAUGUCAGUUUUUGACCCACUGGGCUUUCUAAGUCACUUCAUUAUCGGCGCUAAGUUAAUUAUGAGGGAGGUGUGGAGGCGAAAUACGCGCUGGGACGAACCGUUGCCAAGCGACAUCGGAACUGUGUGGGAACGAUGGCGCAAACAAUUAUUAGCCGUCACCAAAUACGCCAUUCCCAGUUUCUACUUUUGCAAUGGUAAGCCCAAAGAUUUGCAACUCCACAUUUUUGUGGACGCCAGCGAGGACGCGUUCGCCGCCGUCGCCUACUGGAGGGUAGUCAACUAUGAGAACGAGGUGAGUGUUAGUUUCGUAUGCGCGAAGACUAAGUGCGCUCCGCUGAAACCGCUCACUAUACCGCGGCUAGAGCUGCAAGCAGCCGUCUUGGGAACCCGGUUAAUGCAGACAAUUCGUGAAGAGCACUCCGUCGUCGUAAAUGAUUGCCUUCUUUGGAGCGACUCGUCAACUGUGAUGAAAUGGAUUCGCAGUGAGCACCGACGAUACAAACCCUUCGUACAGCACCGAGUGGCUGAAAUACUGGCAUCUACAAGCGUGUCUGACUGGAGAUGGGUACCCACUGCGGACAACGUCGCCGACGAAGCCACGCGUUUCAGCAGCCAAGUCGACUUUACCUCAACUUCCCGCUGGAUUCAGGGUCCACCAUUUCUGCGCCAAGAAGAAUGUUAUUGGCCCACUGCCGAGGUCAGCGUCACUCAAAAGGGAGAACUCGAUGAGGAGCUGCGACCAAAAUAUGCCAUGGUCAUCGUGAGUAGUCGCUUUUUAGAUUUUGAUCGUUUUUCUACAUUCAACAGAUUGGUGAGAACGGUAGCUUGGGUUCUUCAUUUCAUCAAUCUAUGCCGUCAUCCUAACUCAGCCAAACGUCGCUAUGGCCUGACAUCAGCUGACGUUGAAGCAGCGAAGCUACUAAUAUGGCGCCUUGUACAGAACGAACAUUUUGGGCCCGAGAUUGGGCGUAUUAGGAAAGUCCGAGAAGUCGCACGCAACAGCCCACUACGUCAGCUCUCUCCGUAUGUUGAUGAAGAAGGUACGCUUCGUGUUUGUGGACGCAUUGACGCAGCUAGCUGGCUUCCGAUGAGCGCGAGACGUCCCAUCAUUUUGCAGUCCAAGCACCCUUUCACCAAGCUGGUCGUAGCCCACCACCACAACCUGAUGCGCCAUCAGAACAUAGAGGCCACAAUUUGCACAAUCCGCCAGACUUACUGGGUACUUCGCUUACGAACCGUGCUACGCAGCGUGAUUGCCAGCUGCCAAGUAUGUCGCCUCAGCAAAGCCGCUCCAGUCCCACCGCUUAUGGGGCCCCUACCAGUCGAUAGGCUUACCGCGUAUGUGAGGCCAUUCAGCUCCACGGGACUGGAUUAUUUCGGGCCGCUAACAGUAACCGUUCGUAGGAGUACCGAAAAGAUAUGGGUGGCGCUCUUCACCUGUCUCACUGUGCGCGCCGUGCACUUGGAGCUGGCGCAUGACCUGAGCACAGAUUCGUGCAUAAUAGCUAUCCGCAAUUUUAUCAAUCGGCGCGGGGCCGACAACGAAGCUAAACGUUUCAACGAGAUAUUCGAUUGUCAGCGCGUGCAGGAUGAACUAGCACAGAAAGGUGUCGAGUGGGUGUUCAACGCGCCCUUCAAUCCAGCCGAAGGAGGCGCCUGGGAAAGGAUGGUGCAGUCUGUCAAGCGAGUACUGCGUCGCACCCUUAAGGAAGUAGCGCCACGCGAACAUACGCUUAACUGCUUCCUGAUCGAGGCGGAAAAUGUUAUCAAUUCGCGCCCACUUACUCACCUGCCAAUUUCGGUCGACCAGGAGCAGCCGCUAACACCCAACGAUUUUUUGUUAGGAUGCGCCAACACAGUGCAAACUCCAGUUGCAGCUGAUGUACUAGAAGGUACGUGUGUCUUGCGUCAACAGUGGCGUAUUGCCCGACAAUUAAGGGAUCACUUCUGGAAGCGUUGGGUAUCGGAAUAUUUGCCCACAUUAACGAGGCGAGUCAAAAGGUGCGAAAGGACGACGCCAUUAAAGGAGGGUGAUCUCGUCUUUAUUUGCGAUCCCAAUGUGCCGCGUAGAGAAUGGGUUCGCGGUAAGGUGGAGCAGCUGCAUCCUGGGCGAGAUGGCGAAAUCAGGCGAGCAGAUAUCCGAACCUCUACUGGCAUAAAGCAGCGUGCUGUUUCUAAGCUUGCCAUCUUGGAUGUCGCAGUUGGUGAAUCGGACCGAUCCACGGGGGCGGGGAUGUCACAGCACGCCCUUUCUAUGGGUUAA